AUGACAAAGACAAGUAAGCAAGUGAAGCACUUGAAGAUGUAUUGGCUGAUGUUUUCGUCGUGUUCGUAUCCGGGGCCUCCGGGACCUGGGCCGGGUUCAAGCCAAAAUUUCGACGAUGACAAUAUUAGCCAACGAAGUAAAAGUAGUGUUAAACGUAAUUUAAGGCCCGUGAGGCGACAAAGGGACAAUACGAGAUACAAUAAGCACUCAAAUAGACGACGUAGUCUGCUAGAUAGUAACUUGCUAUGGAUAUUUCUUGGAUUUAUUUGGUUGAGUAGUCCGACGUUGGUCGGUUGUCGCAACGACGCGCCCCUGUUAGUUAGUAAUUGUGAUUUUGUGCGGCUCGAACGGAGUCUGCAUCGCAUGAAAGCGCCGAAAAUCACGCCAAAUAGCAACAAUAAUUGCACUUAUGUAAAAUUAAACUACUACGAUUACGUGAAUGACUCGUCAUCUAACGCUAAAACUAGAAAUAUGACUAAAAAUAAUUAUUAUAAUAAGAAUUACAGUGACUUAUCAUCAUCUUCUUCUUCCUCUUCCUCCUCAUUCUCUCCUAAUUCCGCUGAACUUUUUCCCGCUAAUACUAUUGAACCUACUCGUAACGAUAAUUAUAACUAUCUUAACGCUAAGAAAGACAAGAAGCAAUCAAGCCAGCAGCAAAUCGAUCAAAAAAUCAUCACGGAGAUCCGAUUGAAGGCAAUUAAGGCCCAAAUUUUAUCGAAAUUAGGAUUAAAGGCGAAGCCGCACGUAACGCAUACCGUGCCGCGUGACAUUGUGCUCGAGACAAUAAAUCGCGCCGCAUUCAUGUACGACAACAAUCAGAGUAACGAGCAUCAGAAUGCGCGGAAUUUUCUCGUUUUGAGUGCCGACGACGACACGAGCGGGAGAGUGGAUCAUAAAAUGACCAAUCAAUUUUACGAAAGGCAAGAAUUCGAGAAACAUCAUCCGGGCUACAGUAGUCAACAGGAUGCGACGACGAUGGAAAGUGAGGCAUAUCCACGACAAGAGUUUCCCCCGGAGCAGGAGCCCGAACCUGAAGACUUUUACGCCAAAACCAGCGAGAUUAUUGCGUUUGCGGGAAAAGGAAAAUUGCUGAACGGGCAACGACUUUUGGAGUUUUCCAUCUCGACGACGACGACAGAUGACAGGACGUUGAUGCAUCAGGAGUUGCGGGUGCGGAUGGCGAUGCUGUGGAUCAAAGUCGAUUUGAGACCGGGAACGACGCCGCAGCAAAAGAAGAAGUUUCGUCGACUGCAUCAGCACGACAAGAAAAGUCUGACGUUGUGGGUGUUUCGUCUCGUUGAGCCAUUCGACAAUUAUGGCGGCGGCUACUUGAACGAUAAGGAUUUUGAUCGUGCCACGGACUUGAUUGCAUUGCAGCAGAUCAAAAUGAGUCAAUUGGGCUGGCAGAAGAUAAAUUUGACGUCGGCACUGGGCAAAUGGUAUGCCGAAGGAAAAAAUCGCAAAUUACGACUCUUAAUUGAUUGUUCUGGCUGUGGAAGUCGCGUCGUCGUGCAUCUGUUCAAUUCCGAGCAAAGCAGUAGUCAGAGUGAAAAUCAUCCGUUUCUCGUGGUGCACAUCGUACCGAAUAUCAUCAAACGGGUGCGUCGACGAGCCUUCGAAUGCAACGGCGCCCUCGAGGGACAAUGUUGCAAGCAGCGCUUUUACGUUUCCUUCAAGGAAAUCGGCUGGGAUGACUGGAUCCUUGCGCCGCCCGGCUAUUACGCGAAUUAUUGUCGCGGCGACUGUGCCGGCAUCUUCCGAACACCCGACACCUAUUCCUCAUAUCAUACGCAUUUUAUCGAAGAAUACCGCAAAGCCGAAAAGUUGGAAGGCAUGAAGCCCUGUUGCGCCCCCACGAAAUUCUCGAGCAUGUCUCUCAUCUACUACGGGCCUGACGAGAAAAUUAUUAAGCGGGAUCUCCCCAAGAUGGUUGUCGAAGAAUGUGGGUGUCCCUAA